UCCGGAUCGGAUCACCAAUCUUUCUGAUUUCAGCAGCUCGGGGCUGAUCAGAGAGCCAGCUCUCCCUCCGUGCGCCCCGGACCCGGACCCGGACCCGCACCCGGACCGUGUGUGUGGUAACUUUGCUGGGACAUCUAGUGGAUUUGACUUCCAGACUGAGAUGGGCUUUAAACCGGAGUUGGGAGUCUGGGAGAGGAGCGUGCAGCUGCUGUAGUUUGAUCCCGAACCCCUAACCCUCCAGAAACCCCAGUCCUGUCUGGUCCCCCCCCACAUUAGUGGGAAUGUUAGCGGUGGGUGGGAUGGACGGGUCCCGACAGAGCGCCUUCCUCCUCAGCACCCCCCCUCUGGCAGCUCUGCACAGCAUGACGGAGAUGAAGACCCCGCUGUACCCGGCCUACCCGCUCCCCUCCACCGGCCCCAGCGCCUCCACGUCCCCGACCACCACCUCCCCGAACCCGGGCGGCAUGGCCGUGUCCUCCCCGGGCAUCAAGGGCUCCGCGGGGCUGUCGUCGGGCCUCGGAUCCCCGCAGAACUGCUCUUCCUCCGCGACCCCGCACGGGAUUAACGACAUCCUGAACCGGCCCUCCGCCUCCUGCGCCGGGGCCACGGUGGCCGUGCAGGCGGCCGCCGCCGCCGCCUCCUCCUCGGCCGGGCUGCUGUCGGGACUGCCCCGGUUCAGCAGCCUCAGCCCGCCCCCGCCCCCGGGACUCUACUUCAGCCCCGGCGGGGCCGCGGUGGCCGUGGCCCGCUACCCGAAGCCGCUGGCGGAGCUGCCGGGCAGGACGCCCAUCUUCUGGCCGGGGAUGAUGCAGAGCCCGCACUGGAGGGACGCCCGGUUCACGUGCUCACCCCACCAGAACUCCGUGCUGCUGGAUAAGGACGGGAAGAGGAAACACACCCGCCCCACGUUUUCUGGACAGCAGAUUUUUGCGUUGGAAAAGACUUUUGAACAGACGAAAUACCUGGCGGGGCCCGAGAGAGCCCGACUGGCUUACUCUCUGGGGAUGACGGAGAGCCAGGUCAAGGUGUGGUUCCAGAACCGGAGGACCAAGUGGCGGAAGAAACACGCGGCGGAGAUGGCGUCGGCCAAGAAGAAGCAGGACUCGGAGACGGAGCGGCUCAAGGGCACUUCGGAGAAUGAAGAUGAGGACGACGACUACAAUAAACCCCUGGACCCGAACUCUGACGACGAAAAGAUCACACAGCUGCUGAACAAACACAAACCGGGCUCCGCUCUGCUCGUGCACACGUCGGAGAACGACAGCUCCUAAUCCCCCGUGCAUGGGGGGUUAGUUUUUUUUAAUUUCCAUCUUUCUCUGCGGAGGACUCUGAUGACACGAACUCUAUGGGAACUGUGGACUCCCACGCAGUUUUUCUUUUUCUUUUUCUCCGGGACUCGGACUCGUUCUCGCAGAGAAGCCGGUACUUUUCGUGUAAAUAGAGCUGUGUGAACAGAGGUCACCCUGCUGUGAAUUAUUUAUGUGUAGUUUUUGUACAGAAGCGCCGCAAAUACACCUUAUUUGUAUUUAACUGCAGACAAGAAGCGCUCCGGCCCUCUGCGGGUCAGUGAACGCAGCAGCACCUGGAACCGCUCACACACUCACGCACACACACUUUUAUUUAUCUGCGUGAAGCUGUGCGUCCGCAGCUUCAU